CUCACACACACACACACACACACACAUAGACAAACGCGGGGUCCUCCCAAAACACAGAGCCUCUUUCUUUCAUCGUGUGAGUCAACAAGAAGUAGCCUCGACUCUGUAGGAAACUAGGAAACAUUGGACCUCUGCUUGUUGGACGAGGAAGAGGAGGAGGUGUCUUGUCUGCCCGCCUGUCUCUCUCUCUCUCUCGCUCUCUCUCUCUCUCUCUCUCUCUCUCAAUCAACGAGGCUACCGCCACCAGAGCCAAGAGUUGCCGUUCCGCGCACCGAUGCCAAAACGCGCAGGAGGAGUCAGUGCCAAAGGGUCAUUUUAGCGCACCACUGCUGAAAUGGAAGGACUGUAGGGAAUCCUAGAAUAAACAGCAGUCAUUUGACCCCAGAUGAUACAAUCAUAUCAUUAGAAUUAAGAAAAGGGAAAAGGGAAAGGAGCCAAAUAAGAACCAAUACGCAUCCCCGGUGGAGUGCUCCGUACUUCAUCCGUCACCACGGUCGCUUCAGAGGUGGGCAGUCCAGGAUAUUUAUCUGCAAAAGGUCAAUGCAAAACAUUACCUACCUGCGCACAUAUCGGCUCAUCGGCCGCUAGUAGCCAACUGCUUCCUAAAACUACACUUUGGCUUCCUCAAUCCAGGUGUUGCUUCCUCCGAAGACGCUGCAGGACAUAGUGGACAAACUGGUCUUCCAUCCUUAUCGCGCUCCUGUCCGACUCCUCACCUUCCGAGCGCGCAUCAAAGUUACAGCUGAAGACUGAAUAGUAGAGGGAUUAGGAGAGGGAAAAGUUGAUCACCUGCGAACCAGAGAAGACCGACACCACGGUCCAAGCCGACUCCAAGUGCCGUUCACCGGGCGAUGCCAGAGUAAAUGCCGGGGCAAUGUCCCGCCGCAAGCAGGUGAACCCGCAGCACUUAUCGUUGACGCACAGGGAGACAAUACAAGCAGAGGCCAAUCAUGAUUCAAGGGCAGUAUCUCCAUCUCCGGAGCCAUCUACCCCCAGCCCUCUGAGGUCGGGACGCGGGGAGCAUGAUCUGCUGACAUGUGGUCAGUGCCAGACCAACUUCCCUCUGGGCGAUAUCCUGGUUUUCAUCGAGCACAAGCGCCGUCUGUGCCGAGGGCCUGGAAGCAGACCGGGGUCCUUCUCCAAGCCUGGAGAGACUGGCGGGGUCACAGGCAUUAGCAUCUCUCCCAGGGCCAGGUCGCUGGAGCUGGGUAGAGGGUCCAUUCCGGUGGAGGUGGGCAUCCAGGUGACCCCAGGCAGAGAGGAGGAUGUGGAGAGGAGGCUGACGCCUGCCAGGGGGAUCUGCCCAAAACAGGAGAGAGGAGAUAAAGAUGAACCAUCCAGCUACAUCUGCACUACCUGUAAGCAGACCUUCACCAGCGCCUGGUUCCUGCUUCAGCAUGCCCAGCACACUCAUGGCAUCCGCAUCUAUCUGGACAACCACCCAGUCAACUGCUCCCUCACUCCCCGUAUGGCUCUGCCUCCACCCCCAUGCUCUGAAGCCCUGCCCCGCUCCCCUCUUCCAACGUUCCUUGGUGACACCAACAACCCAUUCCACCUCCUCCGCAUGGCUGCGCCCCUGCUCAGGGAACACCCCCCUCCCCCGGGGUAUUUGGAGACUCGGCUGCCUGCAACGCCACCCUUUGUCAGCCCUCCACCACCCCCUAGACCCCCUCUAGAGCGGCUGGGCCCCGAAGAGAUGGGGCUGCUGUCCCAGCAUCCCAGUGCCUUUGAGAGGGUGAUGCGGAUGACCCCCAUGGAGCCUCCUUCUAUGGAUUUCUCCCGACGUCUGAGGGAACUGGCUGGCAACACAACCAAUAAUGGGGGGCCCACACCUCCUCUCUCACCCAAUCGUGUGCCACCCAUGCACCGCCUGCUGAGUCCCACGCUUUUCCAGCCUGGUGCCAAGCCCCCAGCGUUUUUGACCUACCCCCCUCAGCCACCCACCUCUCAGGGCGGACAUGGUUCUUCCAGCCCCCCUGACACCCAGGGACAAAACCAGACCCCGGGAAAGUCCAAAUCCUGUGAGUUCUGCGGCAAGAUUUUCAAGUUCCAGAGCAACCUGAUCGUUCACAGACGCAGUCACACAGGAGAGAGGCCGUACAAGUGUCAUCUAUGUGAUCAUGCCUGUUCCCAGGCCAGCAAGCUUAAGAGGCACAUGAAGACACAUAUGCACAACAAGUCUGGGUCCAUGAGUGGUUCCCCAGAACAGGGAAAUAGAGGAGAGGGAGGAGAGGGUGAAGAAAAGAGUAGAGAGGGAGAGUCAAGAGGGAUGGGGAUGGACAUUGAGGAGGAGGAGGAGGAAGAGGAGGAAGAAGAAGAGGAGGAGGAGGAAGAGGAGGAAGAACUGAGGAAUGGAAGUCGGCCAGAUUCCAACUUAAGUGAGGACUCUCAGGAGUUCAACCAGAAUAGGGAGAAUGGUCCUAGACAGUCUCCUGAGGAGAAACCCUUGAGUGGGGAUAGAGUAAAUGACAGUGGUGGGGUGGGCAUCAUGCACCCAUACAACCAUCUGGACAAUCACCUUAGACUUAACCCUAACAAGAGAAGUCUGGAGAGACAACCUAAUGGAGAUGGAGGAGAGAGGGUUGAAGUAGAAAGGGAAAGAGAGAAUGAGAGGGAGCAGGACAGAGACCGAGAUGAGCAGGAGGACCACAGGCCUCUGAUGAAUGGCAGGAUCAGUGUAUCUGAAGCAGUCUCCUUCCCUGGGCUGUUCCAGCGUCGGCCAACCCCAAUCACCAGCCCAAGCCCCUCCAACAACAAGCGGAUCAAGAUAGAGAAAGAACAGUUGGAGAUUCCCCCAACCAUACCCCUUAUCUCCCCAGAGAAUGUCUACUCUCAACUCCUGGCUGGCUACGCUGCUUCACGCCACUUCAUCAGAGAACCCUUCCUGGGAUUCACAGAUUCCCGUCAGUCGCCGUUCGCCACCUCCUCUGAGCACUCCUCUUCAGAGACGGGGAGCCUCCGUUUCUCCACUCCGCCUGGAGAGCUGAUGGAGGGUGGCAGCGCCUCUGGCCGCAGCGGCAGCAGCACUCCUCACCUCCUGCGGGGUCCUGGACCCGGCAGGCCCCCGAGCUCUAAGGAGAGGAGAAGUGACACCUGCGAGUACUGUGGCAAGGUGUUCAAGAACUGCAGCAACCUGACGGUGCACCGACGCAGCCACACAGGGGAACGGCCCUACAAGUGUGACCUGUGCAGCUACGCCUGCGCCCAGAGUUCCAAGCUGACACGCCACAUGAAGACCCACGGGCAAUUUGGGAAGGAGGUGUACCGUUGCGACAUCUGCCACAUGCCCUUCAGCGUCUACAGCACGCUGGAGAAACACAUGAAGAAAUGGCAUGGCGAACAUUUGAUGGCCAGUGAGGUCAAACUGGAGCAGGCGGACAGAGGUUAAGCCAGCAACCAUUAGUUAUACAGCCUAGUGCACACAAGCAAACACACACACACACACACACACAUGCAUACACAAAAGCACACACACACAUGAACACACAAAAUCCCUAUAACCACUUCUUCAGCUAUGGGGCUUGGCUGGAUAAUCUCUCUCUUAAAAUAUUUUGAGACUGAUUGAUGUUCAUCUUUUUUUCUUGUCACAGAAACUGCCACCUGAGAAUAUAAACAAAGGGAAACUUUAAUGAGAACUUGUCUGGAAUGCCCAACUUGGUGUUUCCUGGCAAACUGUCUGAGGAUUUUAUCAGUUAGGAAUCCAUGGAGCCUUUCUACUGUGCAAUAAUUUCUGUAUUUAUUGGAUUUUUGUAAUGAUAUUUGGCAUGUGCAGGUACAUCUUUGUGGGAUUUCAUAAGGAGUUAGUUUUGAAAUGUGCUAAAACAUUUUUUUUUUCUAAAAUGCGAUAACUGGAAAGAAGUCAUCCUUAAAACAAAUUUUCUUUUUUUUUUUCCUUUAAGGAAACUUAUUAUCAUGUGAGAGUAAAAUUGUGUGAAGCAGUUAGCUUUUAAAAAGUAAAAAUAAUUGUUUUUUUAUAUUAACUGCAGCAGCGGACUACAAUCCAUUCCCCCGUUCCAGGCCUAAAGCACUGAAUGUCAGCCUGAAAAUAAAACAUCAUGCUGGAUUGUAAAAAAAUCCAACAUUAUCUUAGAAACCUGAUAAGUUAUUUUAAUUUAUUCAGGGGAUUUGUCCUUAAAAUAUUGGCAUGUGAAUAAUUUCAAAAUGCAGUUACUGUAUUGCUGUCCUGCCUUUAGUCAGGACAUAAAUAAAGGUUGCACUUAAUGGAGACACCCUUAACUGAUGCUCAGUACAUUCCCAAUGUAGGAUUAAACCACAAUAUUUAAUAUGUUGAAUAAGUUAAGACUACUUGUGAUUAAUGUGAGAAGGGGAACAGUCCUGUUUAUUGUUUGUAAAUAUAUUCUUUUUUUAAUAUGUUAAAGUAGCCCCGACUGUACGUGAAAGAUGGCCUAAACAAUCAGAAGACCAGCUGCUUGCAUCAUCCACAGUAUAUGCUAAGUGUAACUACCAUUCAUUAUUGCUUUAUCAGACCCACUUGAUUAUCUCGCCCCACUCCCCCACAUCAUGUGUGCUUACUGAAAGGCAAUUUGUUCAAGCUACUUCAGCAAUUGUAACACUUUCUAAAUAAUUUUCGAUCUCGCUCUGGCGCGAGAGAGAGAGAUGUCUGGCGUGGCAUCUCUCUCUGACCCAGGUUGACUUCCCAUGUCCCCCAAAGGAUCCACAAAAUGGUUUCAAAUGAAAUUCAUAUCAAUGUGUGUGUUAGCGUGUGUGUUCUUCUCUCUGCAGUGUGCUCUAAGCCUCCCUCCGACGGCGUCUUUUCACAGUUCACUAGCUCAGAUUCAUGCAUUAGAGCGGCUUUUAAAAGGAAGCCUGUUCAUUCGCCUCACAAAGUGAUAUGGGUUUAACUCCCAGUAACAGAUUUUGAGACAGUGUGCAUGUUCGUGACUUUUGGGGAUUACGGUUUUUAUUUUCUGCAUCGUUCAUCCUGAAAUGAAUCUGGUAGAGAAAAAAAAAAUGGUCAUAUGAGUUAUGAUAAUUUUGAGCACAGCUGCAAUGGGGGAUGGCAGGGCGACCUUGAGUAGGGGCUAUUCUUAUAGUAAAAAUGAAAGAUUGGAACUGAGAAAUGAAGAAAUGUGAGAAAGAAAUGGAGGGAGAGAGAGCAAGACCUUGACCAGGGAGAAGAGUCAUUCAAAUGAAAUUGGAAGCAUAUGAAAAGUGUGUUUUUUUGGUACCCAUAUGCACAUCUACUGGCCACAUCUUAUAAUGGACCAUCAGAGUGAGACAGAGCGAGCGUGAGAGGGAGGGAGACAGCAAAGCCACAUGAAAGGAGACUGAGACUACAUAUUUCAUUUUAGUACUGCAAUUCUCAAUCAUCAAAAUCAUCUUCACUUGAAAGUUCGACCUGCUUCCUUGGCCUAUUGUCAGGUUUUAUUUGUGCCAUUUUGUUUGGAUAGAAAAAGGAUUAUACUGUAUCUUGAAUGCAAUUUGUGAUUUUUAAUUUUUUUUUUUAGAAAUGAAAUCACGAUGAGGUCACAGCAGAUCUCCAUAAGCUAUUCAGUUACCGCGUAGUUCGAUAUAUUUUAGCAAUUUAACGCGAAAAGUGAGAUCGGCCGAAGAGCUGCUUUCAACUUGCUUACACAUGUUGAUGCAUGAGUGCAAAAAUCCAGAUUCUGUUGUAAACGCACAGUGUAUUAAUUCCAGGAAAACUCAGCUCAGAGUUAGGCUAAAAUGAGCCAUACGACUAUGAAAUAUAUCACAUUCAAAUGAUGAACAGUGAAACCCUGAGAGAGAUCUAAAUCCCACAUGGACAUUCAGUCUUACAAUAUGUUUACAGUGUUGAAGUAUGCCAUUAAUGAAAUACUCUGUGUAAGUGUUUAAAAUGAUAAUAAAGUAUUGUUUUCUCCAAUGUUCUUUCAGAUGUUUUUGAAUGCCAUAGCAGUUUUGUAUGAUUAUCCUGGUGGAGGGAUUUUAUCUUCAUGAAUAUGUUUCUGUACGAUUACUUGUUCACUGUAUGGGAAGACAAUUUUUGAAAUGUAAUAUUGCAGAUUCAUGCCAGAUUAUUAUUUUUUUCUAACAAGAGUGGUGCCAUUAUUGACUUUUGGUCUCUUCAAUCUUUUUGUUAAUUUUUAUUUAAUUUUUGCAUGAGUUUCCUGUUGUUGGUUUGGUGAAGCUAUCCUUCAUGGAUAUAAAACAAAAUGAUUUCAAAAUCAAGAAUUACAAGCAUGAGCUGAUCUUGAAAGCAGGAGGGAAAUGAUGCUUUGUGUUAGAACGCUUUUCCAAAUCAACUUCAUGAGACAUUCAUGAACAUUUUGUUUUUUUCCUCAUGGUUGUUUGAAGGUCUUGUGAUGGCACUUACAACUGUAAUUUUAAAUACAUUUUCAUAUUUCACUUUUCACAACUUUCACUUACACUCUUUGUACAAAAUAGUUUCCUUGGUCUUUUUGGGGGGAGUGCAUCAUUGUGAAAAAAGUGAUUUCAGAACAGUACACAUCUGCUGUUUUGAACAUAUAUGUAUUUUUGUAAUGUGUUGAAAAAUCAAUACAAGAAAGCCAACACUUCAAUAAAUGUUGCAAUUGCUCUAUGAUUGAAGCAA